AUGGGUGCCGGUCGGUUUUUCUGCGUGGCUUUGCCACUGCUCCUCACAAUUGCCUCCAUUGGCACUCUGCUCUACGCAGUUCUCGCUGGCGUUGCCCACGAGAACGUCAAGCUCAUCCAGGUGGACCUCAGCAACCUGAGCAUCAGCCCGCUGAGCUUAAAGACCCUCACCUCGCGAGCCGAAUUCAAUAUGAAGGAGACCCAGACGGAUAACAUCACCGCCGAAGCCCUCGGCCUCCACAAGUACUAUGACCUCACGCUCUGGGGAUCCUGCUCCUCCGAUGACAACAAGAAGUGGACUUGCACCAAGAGCCAGUUCGACUGGGCCAGCAAGCAGAUCAAUGCCGAUGACAUCAAGGAGGGCAGCACCACCAUCGAGCUGCCCAAGGAUAUCAAGGACGCCCUCAAGGUCUUCCAGAAGCUCAUCAAGUGGUCUGAGGUUGCCUUUAUCAUUGCUCUGAUCGCCCUUGGCCUGGAGCUUCUCAUCGGCAUAUUUUCAAAUUUCUCUCGGGCUGUCUCCUGCCUGACGUGGUUUGAAUCUGUCAUCACCACCAUCCUUGUCAUCAUUGCUUGCUCUCUCUCCACUGCCACCGCUGCCAUCAUUGCCGGUGUUGUCCAGGGCUCCAAGUCGCUCUACGGUGCCAAGGUUCACCUUGACGGCCGCUUCCUUGCCAUCAUCUGGAUUGGUGCUGCUUUCUGUAUCGGUGCCAGUCUCUUCUGGAUCUUCACCAUCUGCUGCUGCAAGCCCGAGAAGCGCCAGAAGAACCACCACCACUCCAGCGAUGGCGAGAAGCUGCUGCCCUCUGGCGGAUUUGGAUCUCGCGGAUAUGCUCCCCUGGGCGAGCAGACCGGCUACACUUCCGCUGCUCCUCGCUUCGCCGCCGGCUCUGGCCGAUCCGACCUUGCCUACGAGCCCUACUCCCACCGCGCCUAA